AGCUACCUGCUCUAUGGUAAAUCCCCUCCGAGCCCGUGAGAAACCUUAGGGGCGACUUUUUUGGCACAACGAUUGCCUCCAUAUGGGCAUUUUCAAACGGCUUUUUGGUGGAUUUGGAUCCAAGAGGAAGGUUCGAAUUGUUGUCGUUGGUCUAGACAAUAGCGGCAAAACUACGGUCCUAAAUGCCUUGAAGCCCAAGAAAGCGUCUUUGGAAACUGUUCCAACUGUGGGUUUCUCAACUGAGGAAUUCCAAAAGCAUGGAGUCAACUUCAGUGCCAUUGAUAUGUCUGGACAAAGCCGAUAUAGGAAUCUUUGGGAGCACUACUACGGUGAGGUCGAGGGCAUCAUUGUGGUGAUUGACUCCACGGACAAGCUACGUUUUGCAGUGGUCAAGGACGAGCUUGAAACCAUGUUGGCAGAUCCCAGAAUAACGGAGAAAAAAAUGCCAAUCCUGUUUCUCAACAACAAAGUUGAUCAGCCAGCAGCUUCACCUCCGCAGGAGACAAUGCAGGCUCUUGGCUUGGAUCGGAUCACCGACAGGCCCUGGCAAAUGUUCUCUUGCGAUGCAUUGAAAGGUGAUGGUGUUGAAGAGGUAACGGGGUUGUCCCGGUCUUGGCCCGCACAAAGUCUGCCCCGCGAGGUUCUCAAGGCCAUCAAAUGGCUUGCCGAUAACAUGACCAAAUGAGGUUAAACAAUCCUGCCCGCGCAGACCUCACGGGAGAUCCAAUUGGGUCGGCUUUGUGGUCACAGCUGGCAGGAGAUGCAGUGAAGUGGCCGGGGAAUGUCCCUGUCACAUCCUGUUGGGAUCAAACCAGUACGAAGCAGAUUGUCAUAGCCGUCAAAGACUUCCCGUUUGGCCAAAAAA